GGCGCACGGCGGCGGCGGCGGCGCACGGCGGCGGCGGCGGCGCACGGCGGCGGCGGCGGCUCCACUUUCCAGGACUCAGGGGCGGCGACAGCGCCAGCCGCGGGCAGCAGGCUGGGCAGCCGGAGCUGGAACGGCCGGGCGCGGCGGCGGCGCCGGGGGAUCUAAAAUGUCCACUGAGGCACAAAGAGUUGACGACAGUCCGGGCACUAGUGGAGGAAGCUCCGAUGGAGACCAGCGUGAGAGUGUCUAGUGGGAACCAGAGAGAGAGCAGGUUCAGCCGAAGAAGAAGGAGGGGAAGAUAUCCAGCAAAACAGCUGCUAAACUGUCUACUAGUGCUAAAAGAAUUCAGAAGGAACUUGCAGAAAUUACGUUGGGCCCACCCCCCAACUGUAGAUUUUCAGAGUAAUCUCCACAAAGUGUACCAGGCUAUAGAGGAGGCCGACUUCUUCGCCAUCGAUGGGGAGUUUUCAGGAAUCAGCGAUGGACCUUCAGUCACCGCAUUAACAAAUGGUUUUGACACUGCAGAAGAAAGGUAUCAGAAGCUUAAAAAGCAUUCCAUGGACUUUUUGCUGUUUCAGUUUGGCCUUUGCACUUUUAAGUAUGACUACACAGAUUCAAAGUAUAUAACGAAGUCUUUUAACUUCUAUGUUUUCCCGAAACCCUUCAAUAGAUCCUCACCAGAUGUCAAAUUUGUUUGUCAGAGCUCAAGCAUUGACUUUCUAGCAAGCCAAGAAUUUGAUUUUAAUAAGGUUUUUCGCAACGGAAUUCCGUACUUAAAUCAGGAAGAAGAAAGACAGUUAAGAGAGCAGUAUGAUGAGAAGCGUUUGCAGUCCAACGGCGCAGGUGCUCUGUCCUACACGUCUCCUAACACUUCAAAGUGUCCCGUGACAAUUCCUGACGAUCAGAAGAAGUUUAUUGACCAAGUAGUAAAGAAAAUAGAAGAUUUAUUACAAAGUGAAGAGGACAAGAACUUGGAUUUAGAGCCAUGUACUGGGUUCCAAAGAAAACUGAUUUAUCAGACUUUGAGCUGGAAGUAUCCCAAAGGCAUUCAUGUUGAGACUUUAGAAACUGAAAAGAAAGAGCGAUACAUUGUUAUCAGCAAAGUAGAUGAAGAAGAACGCAGAAGAGAGCAGCAGAAACACGCUAAGGAACAGGAAGAACUGAAUGAUGCCGUGGGAUUUUCUAGAGUCAUUCAUGCCAUUGCUAAUUCGGGGAAGCUUGUCAUUGGACACAACAUGCUCUUGGAUGUCAUGCACACGUUCAUCAGUUCUACUGCCCUCUGCCCGCGUGACCUCACCCGCCUUCUAGAACUUCAGUUGGAGACACCGACAUCUUCCUCUCCAGCUGGCAUCUCUCCUCAGAUCCGGUCACAGUUUACGCUGACCCCGCACGUCUCUACCUGGGGCCCUUCCGGUGAAGUCGGUGUUUUCUUCAGGGAUUUUAAAAGUGGCUGUGGGCUUCCCCGCAGCCUUGUGAUGAAGUGCCCGGAUGAGGGGACCUCAUCCACAGUCCGACGUGGUGGAGAUGCGGAUGACUGA